AUGAUACUCCGCCGCACUCUGCGCUGUGGUUACCUCACUGAGAUCCGUAGCAGCAGCAGCAGCAGCAGAGCAGCAGAGCAGCAGCAGCAGCAGCAGAGCAGCAGAGCAGCAGCAGCAGCAGAGCAGCAGAGCAGCAGAGCAGCAGAGCAGCAGCAGCAGCAGCAGAGCAGCAGAGCAGCAGAGCAGCAGAGCAGCAGAGCAGCAGAGCAGCAGCAGCAGCAGCAGCAGCAGCAGCAGCAGCAGCAGCAGCAGCAGAGCAGCAGAGCAGCAGAGCAGCAGAGCAGCAGAGCAGCAGAGCAGCAGAGCAGCAGAGCAGCAGAGCAGCAGAGCAGCAGAGCAGCAGCAGCAGCAGCAGCAACCUGCGUGUGGCAAACCGCUGCAGGGGCGAUUACAUCAAGUUCUGCACCCUUCCGCCUUCUUUCCUUCUUUUGCAUCCUCCUCUCCCUGUCGACUCUCCCUCUCCUUGCUCUCCCUAUCCGUCCUCCCUCUCCGUGCUCUCCCUCUCCGCCCUCCCUCUCCUCGCCCUCCCGAUCCCUCCACGCGCGGGGCCGUGCAGGGGCGGUGGUGGAUGCGCUGAAAGGGGAGUGGCUAGACUUCGACGGGCGCUCCACAUGGCUCGUCACGAACACGUGCGAGGAGAUGCAGGGCAUCACGUGCAGCGUCGAUGGCUUCAUCACUGACAUGUAUGCCGCGUUCCGUGCCAGCUGCCCACAUGAAUGCGCUGUCUGGCAGCAUUCCAUCCACGUUGGGGGACAUGGCUUCGCUACAGUACCUGUAUGCUGCUCCGCUGCCCAUCCCGCCGUCUCCCCUCCUGCCGUCGCCGUUCCUGCUAUCGCCGUUCCUGCUAUCGCCAUUCGUCCCACCGCCAUUCCUGCUCUUGCCGUUUCUGUCACCUCUGCUGUUGAUGUUAUCACUCACUCCCAUCUUCCACUUCUUCUUCCUUCCAUCAUCUACCUACCCUCCACUCUCCCGCUCCUCCCGGAAAUCCUCUCCCCUCCUCCCUGUGUGCUUGAAGGCUCUUUUCUUGCCACCCUCACUGGUCUCACUCAACUGGUCAACCUGGAUUUAAGUUGGAACCUGUUGGAGGGGCAGAUACCUACAGAGAUAGGAUCUUUCCCCGUGCUGCAAGACCUGCGCCUCAACGGCAACCGCUUCUCAGGGCCUGUGCCCUACACCAUUGGCUCCAUCCGCACCCUGCGCACCCUCCAACUGAGUGACAACGAGCUGUCAGGCCCACUGCCGCCCACUCUCGGCUCGCUCACGGCCCUCGAUCAAAUGUUGAUAUCCAACAACCAGCUGUCCGGUGACCUGCCUGCUUCCAUCGGCAGUAUCCCCUUCAUCAUCACCAUUGACCUGAGUUCCAACCUCUUCUCCUCCUCUCUGCCUUCCCAGUGGUCCUCCCUCUCUGUCCUGCGCAAACUCCACAUCCAUCACACGCUCCUCUCUGGCGCCCUCCCUGCUGCCAUCGGCUCCAUGACCAACCUCCGAGACUUGCGCAUGUGCUGCAAUAUGCUCACAGGCUUUCUGCCUACACAGAUAGGCCUCCUCACCAAGCUAACGCACCUCGAUCUCAGCUCCAACCGCUUUUUUGGCCCGCUGCCGGCCACUCUCUCUGCCAUCCAGCAAGCCACAGCCAUUCUCCUCCGAGACAACCAGCUGAACGGCACAGUGCUCCCCAAGCCAUCAGCAGCCGUGCAACAAUACCAGCUCGACUCCAACUUCUUCUCCUCCUGGUUCCCCUCCGCCCCCUCCUCCUGCGCCGGCACCACCCUCUGGGCCAACUGUCUCCCCGUGCCCACCGUCUUCUCUUCCGUCCCUCUGGGGUACCUCUGCCCAGUGGACUCCUUUCCACCGGGGGCGUACCGCCAGCGGAGCGCUGCUGCGUGUGCUGCGUUCUGCGGGCUGUGGUUGGGGCCGGAGUCGGCGGUUGUGGAGAGAGUGGUGUGUGGGGGCCACGGGAGCUGCUUCUUUGACGGGCCCAACCGGGUUCCCACGUGUGUGUGUGACGUGGGGUAUCAGAAUGGCGAGGACCCGGGCACGUGUGUGGACUCCGGAGUGGACCCCAACGCGGUGAGUCUCAACUCCAAGGAGCACCACAAAUCAAUGAUGACAUACGGCAAAGCAUUCAUGGAGAGCGAUGACGGCACAAUCACGCUCACGCCCUCGCUGCCGUCCGUGUGGGGCGCAGCCCUCCUCUCCACGCCCAUCCGCCUCUUCUCCUUUGACGUCAAGGCUGCCGAGGCCGGCCGCCAGCUCGGAUUCACCGCCGCAUUCUCCUUCCGCCUUUUAGCGGAAGGCGGGAACGGGACCAGCGGCUUCGCCUUUGUGAUCUCCGCGAAUGGCGUGCCGACAAGUGGCGCCCCCGGGGCGAAUGGGGUUACGGAUCUGGGAUACGCAGGGAUGGACGCGAGGAGCGUGGCAGUGGAGUUUGACACGCGGAUGGACGCAGCAUCGAAUGACCCUAGCAACAACCACAUCGGGGUGGACAUUGCCGGGUCUACCUCCUCGCUCGCCACCACCACGCUCCCACCCUCGCUCACUCUGAACGACGGGGAGGCGAAGCAGGCGUGGGUGACGUACUCGCCGCUCAAGGGCGGGGUGCUGGAGGUGUUUCUGACGACCGCUGCUGCCGCUGCCAAGUAUGGCAAGCCGGCGGCGCCGGUGCUGAGUGUGAAGAUUGCGCUGUGGAAGGUGCUGAAGCCGGGGGUGGCCCCGGCGGUCAGUGACUCGUACUUCUUUGGGUUUGUGGGCGCGUCGGAGCAGCCGCCGCAGGAGCAGACGAUCCUGUCGUGGAGCGUUGUGACCGGUUUCCCGAGUCACCAGAUCACGACAGGCUUCCCGCUAGGCCUCGUGCUAGAGAGCAAGCACCUGGCGACAGCGCCAGUGAACCCUUUCUUCCGCUACGCCAGCGUGGGCUACCAGGCCACAGCGCCCUUGGGUGCUUCCACUCACUCCCCGCUGGGAGGGGCAGCGACGGUGCAGGAGGAGUCGUGGGUGGUGAGUGCCAGCCAGUCGUGGCUGCAGCCGUCUCUGCACUGGGAGCUCCGCGACCAGGGCACCUGCGGCGACUGCUGGGCGUACGGGGUGGUGCAGAGCAUCGAGGCAGCGUACGCCAUCCUGCACAACCGCUCUGCACCGCUGCUCUCCGUGGAGCAGCUACGGAGCGAUGUGGGCGCGGACUGCAGCGGGGGCUCGCCCUUUGUGGCCUUCCAGUACCUCACGUUCCUUGGCAAGGCUGGCAAGGGGCUGUUAGAGGAGAGCCAGUUUGUCGCUCCGAGUGGUCAUGCCGGGGGGAAGGGAGCGGCGGGAGGGGGGGGUGGAGGCCGCCGGGUGCCGUUUCUUGAGAGGCUGAAGCGGGCGCUCAUGCGGUGGCGGUCAAAGGGAAAGAAGAAGGGCAAGCAGAGGAAGGCGACCAAAGGACUGAGAAUCAGCGGCUUUGAGCGCACAUCCUUCUACGGCUGGUUUGGGCUGCUGCUGGCCGUGCAGCGGCAGCCAGUGGUGGUGCAUUUAGAGGCAUCUGCUGACACAUUUGUGAACUACGAUGGG